AUGGGCGCCGAGCAGCGCCCCGCGCAGGAGGAGGUCCUGGAGUGGUCCGAGGACGUGGCGGAGCGGCUGCGCGGGAACUUCGAGGACGCGAAGGACGCGUUUCUGCACUUCCUCGGGCGCACCAUCAGCAACCGGCUGGACGAGCUCAAGGACCUGCUGCCGUCGCUGAACCUCAACGAGACCACCGUCAGCAAGGAGAUAUUCAGGUCCUACGCCCGCGGGAUGCGCGACGCCGCGCGCGUCGUGCAAAUUUCCAAGGGCGACGCAGACAUCACGGACUCCGCGAACCUCGCCCUGCUCCUCGACAAGGACCCCAAGGCGUUCGCGUACGCCCUGGGCCGCUCGCGGGUGCCCCCCGUGUACCUCGAUGCCCGGCACGCCCGCGCUGGAGUCGAGGGCGUCGGGGCGACCUGCUCGCUCCAGAAGGCCCGCCAGCUCAUCCGGAAAUUCGACUCCUCGAAGUACCUCAACCGCGACGGCCGCCUCUCGUUCCAGGACUUCGAGCGGCUCUACCACUUCGGCGUCGACCACUACGUGCGGCACCUCGAGCAGGCCGCGCGGGACAUUGCCUUCACCGAGAAGCUCAAAUCCGGGGCGCUCACGCGCACCGCGAAGCGCCCCUGGUCCGACAAGCGCUACGUCAAGGCCCGCGACGCCCUCUUCGAGCGCCUCCGCGCCCGCGCGGCCGACAACCGCGCGGCAUUCGACGACGAUCUCCUCAUGGCGCGCCUCAGUGAGCACGCGCGCUUCCUGCAGGACCAGGUGACGGCCGCGUACGUGCGGCUCUCGAAGGUGGCCUUCGCGGAGGUCCCGAGCGUCCAGGUCGAGGUGUCUGUCUCGGGCGCGGGGGGCGUCGACGUGGCCAUGACCGACCCAGCGUUGCCCCCCCUGGGGCCGUGCGCGUCGCUCAGCUGGGUGGACCGCGCCGGCACGGGCCACUGCGGGCUCGCGGCGCUGCGGCUCGCGCUCGUCGAGGCCGGCCUCCCGCUCUCGGCCACCGAGGUUCUGCAGGUCGCCGGCCGCUUUGGCCAGCCCGUGUCGGGGGGGGUGUCCGCCAAGGCACACCGCGGCGCGACGUCCACGGAGGUGCACUGGGCCGCGCUCAUCGCCUCGCUCAUGCUCCCGGACGACGACCUCGACGAAAUCCUCACGUGGUCCCGCGAGGAGGCGACCUGGUGGCGCGACCGCGCGACCGAGGCCCGCCGACGCGACCUGGCGCGCACGCCGCUCCUCGAGGACCUCUGCGAGCUCCGGUGCCACGUCGACUGGAAGCACGAGGCCCGCGGCGGCCCCGCGCGCGCCCCCGCCGGCGCCGCGGCCCCCCCCGACCUGCAUCCUGUGGCCGACAUGCCCCUGGUGAAGCGGCUCGUGGGCGUCAUGGACCGGCGGCGCGCGGCGCUCACGCGCGCGUUCGUCGCGCUGGAGAAGCACGCCGCGCCGCCGCGCCGCUCGCUCGCGCGCGACGGGCUCGUCUACGGCGUGCGCAUGGUGUCGGACCACGGGCCGUGCGGCGCGCUCGGGGCGCGCGAGAUCGACGCGCUGAUGGCGACCUUCGCGGCGCCGAACCUCCCGGGCCUCGCGGCCAAGGUCAAGCACGAGCACGUGCAGGUGGACUACGUCGCGGUCCUGCGGGCCAUCUCGCCCCUCAAGGCGGAGGUCGAGGUGGAGAAGGCGGCGCUGGGGACGUCGCUGUGGGGGCUGCGGCCGGAGGUGGCGGCGCCCGUGGGGACGGCGGGGGCGGCGGAGGGGCUGGCGGCGGAGGACGACCGCGACGCGUCGGACCCGCUGGCGGCGGUGGUGCGACUGAGCUGCGUGGUGUACCGGGACUGGGUGCGGCUGGUGGCGGGGCUGCUGUCGGUGGUGCAGUUCGAUGAGGAGUCCGCGGUGGUGAGCGUGGAGCAGGCGCGGGCGCUGUUCGAGGAGGCACUGGGCGUGCAGGCGUCCGAGGCGGAGAUGGCGGCGCUGGGGGCGUUUGUGGGGAAGCGGGGGAACGUGGACGUGGCGCGGCUGGUGGCGGUGCUGUGCUGCGCGCUCGAGGACGCGGCGGCGCAGGACGUGACGCUCGUGUGGCGCGUGACCGACGCCGGGGAGUUCCGCACCGGCCUCGUCUCCCUGGAGCCCCCCGCGCUGUGA